AUGAAGUUUGAAAGCAACGAAGGGACUGCGGGAAAGCAGCGCGGCCCCAGAGUGUCGUGCGUCCCCGGUCUGGACCGUCAAUUCUUUCCGUACGCUUUUACGAACCCUGCUGCCGGCGUUAGACGGGCCGCCCUGAACCCGGGCGAUAUUGCGAAUCUUCACGAGCGCAUCACGCACCUGCGUCCGCUGUGGUUCGAGGGCUUCCAGCUGAACGUGUCGAAGGGGUUCGGCGUGCAUCGCACCGUCGGGGCCAGUUGGACCCUGAGCCACGUGACACCGACCGGUUUCCGGUUCGGUGGCCGCUUCCAGCACCGAUGCGACGACAGCGUUCUGAAAACGCCACUUGUAGCAUUCGACGUCAACCCGAGCAGCCUGUCCUCCAACCUGCAGUUCCUGUACCGGCCGGUCCGUUCACUCUGCCUCGAGCUAGGCCUCCAGCUGCGUCCCAACGAGGCGCCGCACGUCGAGGAGCUUUCGCUGCAACAUACGGGCACGAGCCGGACCUCGACGGUGCGCUGUUGCAUGCCGGGCUCGUUGGACUCGUACCGGCUCAGCGUGGAUCACCUGGUCAGCCUGACCAAUCGGCUCUGCGUCGGGGUGGAAGUGCUGUGCGAGGGACAUGGGGAAGCGCAACGGACGAGUGUUGCAUUUGCUGGAAGAUAUAAUCGGGAAACGUGGACACUGGCUGCCACGGUGUCUCCGUUCGAAGCGUUCGAUUUAAGCUACUGGCAAAAAGCCUCCUCCAGGCUGCAGCUCGGCUCCUCGCUGAUCGUAAACCUGCCCCAACGUCGUGCCCUCGGCAGCAUCUGCUAUCGGUACGAGAAUCCGGGAACGGUAUUACGCGGUUCGUUCGACUCCGACUGGACCGUCGGUUUCACUUACGGCAGGAAGCUUAUGCCGGACGCUUUCAGCCUCUGCCUGAGUUUGUUGUUUUGCAUCCCGAAAAACACGUUUCAGUGUGGAUUUCGGAUUGAUUUGGAUUCUAAUUUGCUCUGA